UCCCGAGAAACGACGGGCGCACGGGGGCGUGUGCGUCUCGGAAUUUUGGUUGGUAACUGCGCUAUGCGCAGGCCCUGCUUCUCCACACCCAGCUUUUGGGGUCUCUCGAAUAAUCUUCCUUGAAGAUUCCUGUGAGAAGCUCAGAGAAGGAGGAAAGAAGAAGGAAUGGAGCUUUCAGAGGGACCAUUGACCUUGGAGGAUGUGGCCAUCGAGUUCUCUCCGGAGGAGUGGGCCUGCCUGGACCCUUCCCAGAGGGCCUUGUACAGGGACGUGAUGCUGGAGACCUGCAGGAACCUGCUCUCCCUGGGGGAGCAUCGCUUUCCUCUGGGAGUUGCUCUGUCUGGUACCAGAACAUGGAAGGACCUUAGGCAUUCUGAUUUCUUACUCUCUCCUGAGAUUUUUUGCUGCAGAAACUUGUUUUUGAAACGCACAACCCAGGGAUCUCAAGGUUCAACUCCUCUUUCUGCUGUGAUAAACCUGCCUCUAUCUGGAAGCCAUCCUCCUGGACUUAGGAUCAACUUAGCACCAAGAGAGGACAUGAAGAAAAGAGAAUUACGCCAUCUAGUGAUAUUGGAAAGAAAUGAGAGUCGAGGCAUCAAGGCUUGUGACCUCAAGGAAGUCUGUGAAAAUAUGCUUGAGUGUGAGAGCGAGUGGGGAUGUGAUGCAGGACAUUAUAAAGAAGUGCUUUUGACCCAUAACAAAAAUCUCAGACCUAGAGAAAAUCAGGGUCAUAAAUCCUUAAUUCAUUUUUCUCAGAGUGUUUUUGUAAGAAGUCAUUCAUGUGACUCUGUCAAGCAUGACCAGCCAUUUGUAAAAAAUCCGUUAAAAGUGAAAAAUAACAUAAACCUUGCUGGAAAUAAAAAUAUCAGGCGUCUGGAAAGGAGAACUGGAGGAAGGCUGCAGGCAGAGGUAGCCGAACUGCAGAGAUUUCCAGCUGAGGAGAAAAUGUAUGAACACGGUCAAGUGGAGACAUCUGUCAACAACAGUUCCUCACCCCUGCAUAGAAUUCCCAGUGCGACAAACACUUUGUUACCUGCACAGUACAGGAAAAAUUACACUAGAGAUAAACCGUACAGCUGCCAUGACUGUGGGAAGGCUUUUAACAAAAAAUCAAACCUCACAAAUCACAAGAGAAUUCAUUCUGGACAGAGACCUUACACAUGUGAUGAUUGUGGCAAAGCCUUUAACCAGUAUUCACACCUCACCACACACCAGCGAGUCCACACAGGAGAGAAAUCUUAUAAAUGCGAUGUGUGUGGCAAGGUCUUCAGUCGAAAUUCACACCUUGCAAAUCACCAGAGGAUGCACACGGGCGAGAAACCUUACAAGUGCGAUGAAUGCGGCAGAGCUUUUAGCCAGUUUUCACACCUUAGCAGACAUCAGAAAAUGCAUGCUGGAGAGAAACCACACAAAUGCAAUGCGUGUGGCAAGCACUUUACCCAGCGUUCAAAUCUCAUGGCACACCAGAGAAUUCAUACAGGAGAGAAACCUUAUAAGUGUAAUGAAUGUGGGAAGGCUUUUAUUGAACGGUCGCAACUUUGGGGUCAUGAAAGAACUCAUACUGGAGAGAAACUUUACAAAUGUGAUGAGUGUGGCAAAGCCCUCACGAGGCAUUCAUAUCUCACCCAACACAAAACCAUCCAUACUGGAGAAAAACCUUACAAAUGUCAUGAGUGUGGCAAAGCUUAUACGCAACUUGCAAGCCUCACCAGGCAUCUGAAAGUACAUUCGGGAGAUAAACCGUACAGCUGCCAUGACUGUGGGAAGGCUUUUAACAAAAAAUCAAACCUCACAAAUCACAAGAGAAUUCAUUCUGGACAGAGACCUUACAGAUGUGAUGAUUGUGGCAAAGCCUUUAACCAGUAUUCACACCUCACCACACACCAGCGAGUCCACACAGGAGAGAAAUCUUAUAAAUGCGAUGUGUGUGGCAAGGUCUUCAGUCGAAAUUCACACCUUGCAAAUCACCAGAGGAUGCACACGGGCGAGAAACCUUACAAGUGCGAUGAAUGCGGCAGAGCUUUUAGCCAGUUUUCACACCUUAGCAGACAUCAGAAAAUGCAUGCUGGAGAGAAACCACACAAAUGCAAUGCGUGUGGCAAGCACUUUACCCAGCGUUCAAAUCUCAUGGCACACCAGAGAAUUCAUACAGGAGAGAAACCUUAUAAGUGUAAUGAAUGUGGGAAGGCUUUUAUUGAACGGUCGCAACUUUGGGGUCAUGAAAGAACUCAUACUGGAGAGAAACUUUACAAAUGUGAUGAGUGUGGCAAAGCCCUCACGAGGCAUUCAUAUCUCACCCAACACAAAACCAUCCAUACUGGAGAAAAACCUUACAAAUGUCAUGAGUGUGGCAAAGCUUACACGCAAUUUGCAAGCCUCACCAGGCAUCUGAAAGUACAUACGGAAAACAAAUCUGAGCCUCACAUACAUGGCAGCCCUUUUAUCCCAAGCUUAAGGUUUAGGGAUCAUCAGAGAUUUCCUAGUAGAAGGGAACUUGAAAGCGAUUCAGACCACAGUUGCGGGUGUAUUCAGGCCCUACUCAUCAUGUGGGAAUCUCGGUUGGCGAGAAGACAUGCAGAUGGUGAGCAGAAGCAGGGAAGAUGCUCAGCGUCACUGACCGCACGGGAAGUGCGGAGCCAAAGCUCCACGCGAUGCCACCUCGCGCCAGCCGACAACGGCCAUCGUCGGACAAUAACGAGUGAGGAUGUGGAGAAAGAGGAAGCCCUUGCGCUCUGGCUGGGACUCUACACUGGUACAACGCUCAUGGGAAACAUGAUGGAAUUUCCUCAAAAAAAAACCCCCAAAAAACUAGUCAUAUGAGCCACAUGUUGCUCUUCGGGGUAUUUACUGGAAAAAACCAAACACACUAAUUCAAGAAGAUAGAGGCACUUGAAUGUUCACUGUAGCAUUAUUUCCAGGAGCCAAGAUGGGGAAGCAACCAUAGUGUCCCCUAACAGAUGAAUGGUGAGAGGCAAACGGUGUGGCCACUGCGCACAGUGGAGUAUUACUCAGCCCGAGGACGUCUGGCCGUUUGCAGCAACAGGGAAGGAUCUAGAGGGUGUUAUGCUAAGUGAAGUAAGUCGGAUGUGGAAAGACACAGGUUACCCACCUCCCUUACAUGUGGAAUCGAAGAAACAAAAAAGACAAUGAGAGAUUCAUAGAUACCAAGACCACACGUGCGGUUGUUGUCAGAGGCAAGGCCGGUAAAGGGAUUAAAAGACAGAAACCUCUGGUUACAGAAUACAGAAGCCCCGGGGAGGUAAGAGCCAGCAUAAGGAACGUGUUCAUAAAUGUUGAGAGUUCCCACUGUGGCACAGCGGAAAUGCAUCCGAUUAGUAUCCGUGAAGACUCGGGUUCAGAAUUCCUG